AUGGACGAGCUCAAAUCGAUAACCAGGUACCUCCUUCCGUUACCACCAAAAUCACCCGACGGCCGGGACCAAUGGCCCUCUCGGACUGCUUUCCUUCUCGCGGCAACGGGCGGAUGCGCUGGUAUUGGUAAUCUUCUUCUGUAUCCGUCGCAAGUCUUCGACAACAACGGCCUGCAGUGGUUCAUACCAUACGAUAUGUGUGUCUUCCUCAUUGUUAUUCCGGUCCUGAUUCUCGAAAUCGCCAUUGGUCAGGCAUAUCGUGGAGGCUGUGUGAUUGCCAAAAACUCUAUCCAUCAUCGUUUGAAAGGCGUCGGUUUGAGUUUGCUGUAUGUUGGAUUCGUGGUUAGUCCAUACUUCGCGGCAAAUCUGGCUUGGAUCAUGAUGUACUUUCCGAGCUCCUUUCAGAGCCCAUUGCCUUGGGAAGGGCGGGGCGACGCGUUCUUCUAUGAGGACGUCGUGGCCAAUGUUGAGCCUGUGCCAGGUAACUCUUCUGCAGACGGGAAGGAGGUCAUCAAGUAUACGUCGAAUCAGGGAGUAGGUAUGAUAGGCGAGACAGUCGGAUGGACCGUAUUUACGUGGUUUUUGGUGUGGGUUUCCAUCUUCCAUGGUGUUGGACUGACUGGGCGAGCAGUCUACUUCACAAUGGGGCUCCCGAUUGUCAUCACCGUCGUGCUCAUCGGCCAGUCAUUGUCGCUUGAAAACGCGUCUCAAAGCUUCAAACUCUUCUGGGCCACUUGGAACGGUGAUAAGCUCGGAAGCGGCGAAAUCUGGCAGACGGCAUGCGGCCAAGUCUUCUUCUCGACUGGCGUCGGCUUCGGCUACUUCACCUCCUACGCAUCGUACAAUCAGAAAUACUCCAACGCCGUCAUGGACUAUAUUCUCAUAGUGAGCAGUAAUUUCCUUUUUGAGAACAUUGCCGCCUUUGCUGUAUAUGGUGUCGCUGGCUCGGCUGUUCCCCCAGGAAGGUGUUCACCUUGGCAGCUCCACCGUUGGUUUCAAUGA